AUUUUAUGAUGAAAAUAAGUGAGGAGGAAUACAAGUUGGCUAAAGAAGCCCAUGUAUCCAACUGUACAGGUGGUAAUAUACAUGAGAUAAGCACAGUUUGUGGCUCGCUUGUGAGCUCUCACUUGUUGUGGGCAAGUCUUGUUCAAACAAACAGUGUUUCUCAAGAUAAAUUUUUACCUCAAUUUGUUAUUUACGUGCUACCUGUAUUAUUGAAUAUGACACUGGCAUCUGAUUAUGCUUAUGCUGUCACUAUCGGCAUGGCAACGGUUGCUAUGGCUAUCUUUUUGACAGGUCGCGUUACUGAAACCAAGGAAACCAAGCCAGCCAAUGAUAAUUACAAACCCUUUUUGACUGUCUAUCGUGCAGGCACCAUGAUAUCGACGUGCAUUGCUAUUCUUGCUGUUGAUUUUCAAUUCUUCCCUCGUCGUUUUGCUAAAGUAGAAACAUUUGGCACUUCAUUGAUGGAUGUGGGUGUAGGUUCUUUUGUGUUUUCUUCAGGCAUUGUUGCUUCUCGAGCCUAUCUUGAUCCAGUUCAAAAGCGAUUCACAACCACCAUGCUUCAAUCGAUGCGCACUGCAUUGCCCAUUUUAGUAUUAGGAUUUGCUCGAUUUUUCUUGACCAAAAGUGUGAAUUAUCAAGAACAUAAUUCAGAAUAUGGACUUCAUUGGAACUUUUUUUUUACUUUGGGAUUUUUACCUCCCUUUGUGACAGCAUUCGCCUAUACACAACAAUUUGCUUUGUUUGGAGCCAUGAUAGCCGGUGUCUAUCAAUUCGUACUCUGUCAGGGAUUACAGGAGUGGGUCUUAAAUGCACCUCGUGUUGAUCUAUUAAGUGCAAACAAGGAAGGAAUUUGCAGUUUUGCAGGAUAUUUGUCUAUCUUUUUAUUUGGUUUGCAGGUUGGAGUUUGGAUCUUUUCUUCAAAACCAAUGAAAUUGAUUCUCUUUAGUGGGAUCAUGUGGGGUGCAUUGGCUGCUUGGACUUGGUUUUUUCCUGAUUAUUAUGUGUCUCGUCGAAUGGCUAAUUUACCUUAUGUUGUAUGGGUCAUUGCAUUUAAUGUCUCCCUUUUAACCUUGCUUAUCCUUGUUGAUGACUAUGCUAAACCAAGAGGACGUGGUCCACCCAUGUUGGAUGCUAUGAAUAUGAAUGGUCUAUUCACAUUCUUAUUGGCUAAUGUCUUGACAGGCACGAUCAAUUUAACUAUGUACACACUUUAUGCAAGUGAUUUGAUCUCUUUGGUUGUUAAUGUAGUCUAUAUGUUUAUUGUUUGUCUUAUACCAUGGAUCUUUUGGCAACACUAUCAUUUAAGAAUAAAAUUCUGAAUUUCAAAUCGAA